CGCCAAAUCAGUACCCUCCUUUUUCAAUGCUCUCAAAAAGGAAGAAAAAAGGAAACCACAUUGCAAUUUCUCCCCUGCCCUGCCCUUCUCUCUGUGCACAAAAAACAGAGUACUCUGCCUCCUGCACUUUCCUCUCUGUCUCUGUAUCCCUCUCUCCCUCCUAGAAAUUAAAUUCUCUAUCUCUGCUUGCUACCUGCAGCAAGUAGUAACGCCUUCGACGCCAUCUCUUACUCCUUCCAAUUCCCUUCCAUUCAUCGUUGUAAUUAGUGCCAUCCGCGCCGACAAAGGAGGGAAACGCUGCAGACGAUGCCGUUCCCGACGGCGACGGCGGUUCUGUUGGCGUUGAGUUGCCUGUCCAUAUUCGUAGAGUUGCAAUCUCUUGCUCAAGUUUCCCCACCUCUCCUUCCACCAGAAGAAGUGGAAGCACUUGGGAAGCUGCAGAACACCGGAUGGAAUGUGGAGAGGACUUCCUGCGGCAGCCCUCAAUGGAGCCGCAGAAUCGCCGACGACAUCGAAUGCAAUGUUACCUGCGACUGUUCUUAUGGCAGUGGCACCAUUUGUCAUGUCACCAACGUGGUAGUGAAAGGCUUCAAUGUGACCGGAGUUCUGCCACCUGAACUUGGGAACCUGACUCGUCUUACCGAGCUGGAUCUUACCCGCAACUACAUCAAUGGAACCCUCCCUUCGAGUCUUGCACAGCUUCGCAACUUAACGACUCUGUCUCUUUUGGGUAACAGACUAAGUGGAUCUGUCCCCUCACAAAUUGGGAGCAUUGCUACUUUGGAGGCACUGGUGUUGGAAGAUAAUCUACUAGGUGGACCAAUUCCAAGAAGCAUUGGGAAUUUGAGAAGAUUGAAGAGACUCCUUCUUUCUGCAAACAAUUUCACGGGCUCGUUACCGGAUAGCUUGGGGAAUUUACAGAACAUAGAAGACUUUAGGAUAGAUGGGAGCAGUCUUUCCGGAAAUCUGCCAGAAUUUAUAGGCAACUGGACCAAUCUUGAUCGACUUGACUUGCAAGGCACGUCAAUGCAGGGUCCGAUUCCUACUGCCAUCUCCACGCUGACAAACUUGACACAGCUGAGAAUAUCAGAUUUGAGUGGACCAAGUUCAGUUUUCCCUGAUAUUAAGAACCUGACAAAGCUGGAAGAACUGGUACUGAGGAACUGCUUGAUCACUGGUUCAAUCCCAGAUAACUUUGGGGAAAUAACACAGUUAAAAACUUUGGAUUUGAGCUUCAAUAGUUUGACAGGUACCAUACCACCCACCCUCCAAAGUUUGGAAAAUCUGCAAUACACGUUUCUGAAUAACAAUUCAUUGACUGGAGAAGUGCCUGGUUGGGUAUUGAACAGUAGGGAAAACUUUGACUUGUCUUACAACAAUUUUACCGGGAGAGCUCAACCUAGCUGUCAGCAACUAGACGUGAACUUGGUUUCCAGCUAUUCACCUUCUGCGAGCAACUCGGUACCUUGGUGCUUAAGAAAGGACCUGCCUUGCCCUAGGGAUCCCAAGGAACAUACCUUGUUUAUAAACUGUGGGGGUCCCAGGGAAAGGUUUGAGGAUGAAAACUAUGAAGAAGACCUAACAGCCAAUGGUCGAUCCAACUUUUUCUCAGUAUCAGAAAGAUGGGGUUAUAGUAGUACUGGAAUCUACUUAGGCAAUGUUGAUGCUGAUUAUUUAGCAAGGAACGUUUUCGGCCACAAUGUGACUGGUGUCUAUUCAACUGCACGCCUCGCUCCUCAAUCACUCAAGUACUAUGGCUUGUGCAUGAUCAGAGGAAGUUACACCGUGAAGCUUCAUUUCGCUGAGAUCAUGUACUCCAAUGAUCAGACUUUUAGCAGCCUUGGAAGGCGCAUAUUUGACAUCUCAAUUCAGGGGGAGGUAGUCCGACCGGACUUUGAUAUCAUAACAGAAGCAGGAGGAGUUGGUCGUGGUAUCACUGAGGUUUUCGACAAUGUAACUGUGGAGGGUAACACUUUGGAGAUACACCUCUUCUGGUCUGGGAAAGGCACUACAGCUAUUCCUGAUAGAGGUGUCUAUGGACCUCUCAUUUCUGGCAUAUCGAUAACUCCAAACUUCCAGGUCGAUGAAGGAGGUGGAGGAUUAUCUGGAGGAGCCAUUGCCGGGAUUGUUGUUUCUUCAUUUUUGGUUGUUCUCCUGAUUUGUGUGUUCAUCUUCAUGCGAAGAAGAAGAAAGGAUGAUGGAAAUAGUGAACUACGUGGGCUUGAUCUUCAAACUGGAAUGUUCACAUUAAGACAGAUCAAAUAUGCCACUCAUAACUUUGAUCCUGCAAAUAAGAUUGGAGAAGGAGGUUUUGGCCCGGUCUAUAAGGGUAUGCUAUCAGAUGGAGGUGUGAUUGCAGUGAAGCAGCUCUCGUCCAAAUCGAAACAAGGCAACCGUGAAUUCGUGAACGAGAUAGGGAUGAUAUCUGCAUUGCAACAUCCCAACCUUGUCAAGCUUUAUGGAUGUUGCAUUGAAGGAAACCAGCUCUUGCUUGUGUAUGAAUACUUGGAAAAUAACAGUCUGGCUCGUGCCUUGUUCGGUAAGCAGGAAAACAAGCUGAAGCUGGACUGGCAAACAAGGAAGAAUAUACUGCUGGGAAUUGCAAAGGGAUUGGCUUAUCUUCACGAGGAGUCGAGGCUGAAAAUUGUGCAUAGAGAUAUAAAAGCAACUAACGUCUUGCUCGAUAAAGAUCUCAAUGCCAAAAUUUCGGAUUUCGGGCUGGCCAAGCUUGAUGAAGGAGAGAACACCCACAUUAGCACAAGAAUUGCUGGAACCAUAGGUUACAUGGCUCCGGAAUAUGCAAUGAGGGGUUACUUGACGGACAAGGCAGAUGUGUACAGCUUUGGUAUUGUUAUUCUGGAGACCAUGAGUGGAACCAGCAAUACCAACUACAGGCCAAAGGAAGAAUUUGUGUACCUUCUUGAUUGGGCUUAUGUCCUCCAAGAGCAAGGCAACCUGCUAGAGCUAGUUGAUCCAGAACUAGGCAGAAAGUACUCAAAAGAGGAAGCAAGGAAGCUGCUGAACUUAGCUCUGUUGUGCACCAAUCCAUCUCCCACGCUAAGGCCGCCGAUGACCUCUGUUGUUAAGAUGAUGGAAGGGAAAGCUCCUGUGCAAGCUCCAAUAAUCAAGCGAGGUGAGAGUGAUGCCAGUAGCGCAGACGCGAGAUUCAGAGCGUUCCAGACACUGUCGCAGGAUAGCCAUACCAACAUCUCAAACGUGUCGUGGGAGAGCAGCGAUAUAGGUCAGAAGAGCAUAUCGAUGGUUGAUGCACCAUGGACAAUGAAUUCAUCGGCGGUGAGCAAAGAUGACCAUGAUGAUGAUGCUAGCCAUCUCUCUCAACCUUCCUCUUCCACCAGGCUUCUUUAGGAAGGUUACAGGGAGUUCGUUCUUAACUUAAUCAGUUAAUUUUU